AUUAUCACCAAACUAUUUCUCCUUCACUUUUUCUUUCUUCUUCAGUUUUCUUAUGCACAUAAAUCAUGAUUCAACAACAGUAGUUUAAUUCUCUCUCCCAAGGUUUUCUUUUGACUUGGGAAUUAAAUUUCUGUUUUUUUGUGGUCUUGAUGGUUAUGAUCUGCUGAAUGUGUGGUUUUUUGUGACUGAAAGGUCAAUUCUUUUGGCUGAAUAUGGGAAAGAAAGGAAGUAGUUGGUUUUCAUCAGUGAAGAAAGUUUUUAAACAGUCUCCUAAAGAUUCACCAGACAAGAAGAAGGAAACAUUAGACAGCAAAUGGCAGCAACCUGAACCUCUUGAAGUUGUGUCACUUGAACAUUUUCCAACAGGGAGUUCUCCAGAUCUUAUUAGUAAUGGAGGGAGCAAUGUCGAUUCAUCGUCUACUGUGGCUGAGGAUCAUAACCAUGCCAUUGCUGUUGCAGCUGCCACGGCUGCAGCCGCUGAGGCAGCUAUUGCAGCUGCUCAAGCGGCUGCUAGAGUCGUCAGAUUAGCUGGUGGCUAUGGCCGUGGCCAGUCCACAGAGGAAAGGGCUGCCACGCUUAUUCAGUCGUACUACAGGGGAUAUCUGGCAAGACGAGCUUUGCGUGCUCUGAAAGGAUUGGUGAGGCUGCAAGCACUGGUGAGGGGACAUAAUGUGAGGAAACAAGCACAAAUGACCAUGAGAUGCAUGCAAGCAUUAGUACGUGUUCAGGCCAGAGUACGAGCAAGGAGGCUCCAGUUAGUCCAGGAGAGGCUCGAGAGCAAGCUAGAAGAAGCACGAAGACACGCUGCUGAAGAGAAACAACACAAGCACACCAGCCCCAUCAAGAAGUUAGGGACAGAAGGUUGGGAUAACAGGAACCAAAGCAUGGACAAGAUUCAAGAAAGUAGUAGGAGAAAAUUUGAUGCUGAAAUGAAAAGGGAAAGAGCUCUUGCUUAUGCCUUUGCCUAUCAGCAAAAGCAACAACAACUAUUGCACAUUGAUCCACAUGGUGAGGACGCUGAAUUAUUUGGCAAUGAGCGUGAAAAGUCACAAUGGGGUUGGAGUUGGCUGGAGCGAUGGAUGGCUUCGCAACCAUACCAAUACUCAAAACACAUUGUGCCAAGGGACAGCUCCUAUGUGACACCUUCCACAACAAGUGACAUGUCUGAAAAGACAGUAGAAAUGGACCUAAUCACCGGCCCAUUGGACUCGGAGACUGUCAACUCAGCCCGUCACACUUUUGAUCAAGGUGAAACAAGCCCAUACUCAGCCCGCAAAGUUGGUCACUCAAAAUUUGAUAAUGUCCCUAGCUACAUGACCCCAACUAAGUCUGCAAAAGCCAAGGUGAGGAAUCAUGGCCUUGUUAAGCAUCGUAGCCCACCAGCAGCCCAAUGGAAUGCACCGACAAGGAAGGGUGUACACUAUGGUUUGGGCCUUGAAUCAAGUUCAGGAACAAGUACAGCAGCAAUCUAUCAAGCCUCAAGAAGCCCAAGCCCAAAAACUACCGCGAAUCGCAACAGUGGACAUGCUAAUAAAUGGAUGGCAACUUACAGUCCAGAAUCAAGUGGCGAUGAUCGGGCUUCACCAUUAGGAGCACAUCCCUGGAGAUAUAAUUUUAGUUGAUUUUUUUUUUGGUGGUAAAUAAAGUACUGAUCAAUAAUGCUGUUGCUGUGUGCUAAUAGCUUAUUGUUUUUGUUUUCUGUAUCCUACUUUGAAUUUGGAUGGUUAAAUAUGAAGUUUGAGUUUUUGCAAUGAAUGUAAUAUAUGAUAAUUGUAUGUCAAGGCCCAAGAUUAACGUU